AUGGCGAACUACAUGAGUAACCAUAGUUGGAGUCAUUACAAUCAUAUGUCCCGAUUUCUCGACCAAGAAUGCACGGCCGCAGCCAGCUGCUACGCCGUUGAGUCGUCGACUUCGAAGGUUCACGGCUUUCACUAUUGCACUACGCUGGGUGCCGGUAUGUCUUUUCGUUCAUUACAGGAAGCUCUGCCUAGUACUAACCUCACCCGGCAGGAGCACAGUGGUGUCCCUGAGGUCCCCUCAGGGUCUAAAAACUCCAUAUUAAGUCCUCCCCUUGAACGUCCCGCCGCCAGUGUGGAACGGAGUUUGCCCGGGAAUAACCGGUCCGAGCAGAAAGGGGAGGCAAUGUUCACCAUUCCGGAAGAGUGUGAGAGGCUCUUCUGUGACACACUCUCCGCGACUUUCCUUGGUGAGGGGAUUGACGCGCGACAGGAGUCACUGGGAAUGGGUGCAUUUCAAAACCAGCCAAGCCAGAUCGAACCUGGACACAGUCGGAUCAAUAAAUGGGUAGAAGUGUGGGACUACUCUGGCGAUGCUAUCUACCGUGGAUUCUUGACGGAGAUGAACGGCGAGCGGACAUUGUUUGUGUUCUUCGAAGACGAUGCACUCGGUCAUGUUCUGAAGUCAGGGUACGCCCCAAUCUUCUCGCUCUAUCACAUACAUACGUAUCGGACUAUCGCUGACGGAUGUUUCACCAACAGGUUAAUCGCACUUUUCGAGCUCGCAGGUAUCGACGUUUUUGACUGUUCGCAGAUCGUCGCAUGCGUCAAACGAUCGGAACACACAAACGAAAUGGAGCUUGUGCGGAGCCUCGGAUGGUGUGGGUUCAGUCUUACCACACUCGAGCCUUGGGCAUCCGAAGGCGAUUCGGGUCCUUUCUUCAGCACCAAAUGGCUCUUCCUGGCUGCCGAAGUAUAG